AUGUCUUUAGAUAAUUUACAAUCAUUUGUUGACGAAAUAUUUCCAUACCUUUCUCAAUGGUAUGUUAUCGCAUUGGGAGGGUUCUUGGUGUGGUAUGUAGCCACCAGUAUAAAGGCUUAUCAAUUUAAACAAAAGCACGGAUGUAAAGAACCUCCAUUAGUGAAAACUGGAUUCCUCGCGAUUGGUAUGUUAGUAGAGCUAUUAAAAGCCAAACGGGAGGGUACGAUGCUUGAGUUCACAGAGGAUGUUUUUGCUACUAUGGGUGUUCUGACAUUUAAGCUUAAGUUGGCUAAAGUACCAAUUCUUUUCACAAAAGAUCCAGAAAAUAUGAAAGCAAUUUUGGCUACGCAGUUUAACGACUUUGCAUUGGGUACGAGACAUGCCCACUUUAAGCCAUUAUUAGGUGAUGGUAUAUUCACUUUAGAUGGAGAUGGAUGGAAGAACUCCAGACUCUUGUUGAGACCUCAAUUUGCACGUGAACAGGUUGCUCAUGUCCAAUCCUUGGAACCACAUUUGCAAACUUUUGCCCAACACGUUAAUAACAAGAAGGGUGAUACGUUUGAUAUUCAAGAGUUAUUCUUUAGAUUGACUGUUGAUACUGCUACUGAAUUUUUAUUCGGAGAAUCGGUCCACUCGUUGCGUGAUGGUACUGUGGACGAUGUUGCGCCUUUAGAUUUUGAUGGGAAGGCAAGUUUUGCAGAUUCUUUCAACCUUUCUCAGACAUAUUUGGCUUCUAGAGCAUACAGUCAGAUGUUCUACUUUUUGAUUAACAAUAAGGAGUUUAGGGAUUCUAAUGUAAGAGUUCAUAAGUUCUGUAAGCAUUAUGUUGAGCAAGCUUUAUCUACAUCACAGGAUGAAUUGGACAAAAAGUCCAAAGACGGUUAUAUUUUCCUUUAUGAGUUGGUCAAGCAGACCAGAAACCCUAAGGUCUUACAAGAUCAAUUAUUAAAUAUUCUCUUAGCUGGUAGAGAUACAACUGCUGGUUUGUUGUCAUUUACUUUCUUUGAAUUAGCAAGAAAUCCAGAUGUGUUUGAGAAGUUGAAAGAUGAAAUAUACGCCCAUUUUGGAGACGGUUCCAACCCUCGUAUUGAAACAAUAACAUUUGAAUCGUUAAAGAGAUGUGAGUAUUUGAAAUUUGUCUUGAAUGAAGUGCUUAGAUUAUACCCUUCUGUGCCUACCAACUUCAGAGUUUCAACUAAAGAUACUACUCUUCCAAGGGGAGGUGGUCCUACGAAAAUGGAUCCAGUCUAUGUAGCAAAGGGUACUACAGUAGCAUACUCUGUUUACACCACUCACAGACUCGAGGAAUACUAUGGUAAAGAUGCGAGAGAAUUCAAACCUGAAAGAUGGGCUGAAAAUAAAAAGUUAGGAUGGGCUUAUGUACCAUUCAACGGUGGGCCAAGAAUCUGUUUAGGUCAACAGUUUGCAUUGACUGAGGCUUCUUAUGUUGUCGUUAGAUUGAUUCAAAUGUUCCCCAACUUGGCCUCUAGAGAUGACAGACCUUAUCCACCUAGGAAAAACGUUCAAUUGACAAUGUGUCAUCAGGAUGGUGUUUAUAUUUCAUUAACUAAGUAG